CUGCAAUAUGAGGAGUAUUGCGUUCAGUACAAAUACAUCGGCUCGAUAACAUGCAUUCGGAGGGAAAAAUUGGCGAGAGGGUUUCAGCCAACGCGUGGGUGACAGACAAGAAGAGAAAAUUCACCGAGAGACUGGAUUUUUUCACUAUUCUGGACAGUGUCGGUCGUAUCUGGCGGGUUAUUGGGAAUUUUCCCAUGUGCAUUGGCGGCUCUGAUAAUUUAAAUAAAUUCCGCUUCAGUAAAUUCAUUCUGGGAUAUAAUGUCAUUUUGUUUCUUACGUGUUUGAUCUUUGUUAUUCUAGCGUGCUGGAAGGUCGAAUUUUUGAACAGGAUGGAUUAUAUGGUAAUGACACUAACGACUAUUCUUCGAAUAUUCUCAUCAAUGUUGUGCUUCCUGAUGAACAUGCUCAUGUGGAUUUUUUAUCACAAAGAUUUCAUAGAUGCAAUGGACUUUUUAGCGUCCCAGGAUUUCAUUCUACAUCAAUUGGGCUGUCGGCCGGACUAUUCAACUUGUCGGAAGAUGGUGGGGUUGUAUGUUUAUGGCACCCUAACGGUGGCGGCUCUUCUCACGAUUUAUGAUUGCUGCACUGCUAUGCUGACCUGGGCUAGUGAAUCUCCUCUGGCGAUGGCCGAAUGGCUCUUCUUCAAUAUACCCUACGUUGUGCAAAUGAUAACAGCCACAAUAUUUGGAUCUCUCGUCAUAAUCCUCGGUCUCCAUUUUCGCGCAUUAAACGCAAAACUGAUGGCAAUUAGAGACAGAAGUCAUUCAUCACCCCCCAAGGUCGUAGAACUGUCGAACAAUUGUGCCGAGGGCAUUCGUCUCAUCGCUAAGGUCCACUACAAUCUCUGCAAAAUAGCGAAAUUCAUCAACUGGAUAUUCAAUGGAUUUUUUGUGGUUGUAGUUGCCACUGCUUUUGUGAUUCUCAGCUCAUCUCUCUACUUCAUCUUCAACGAGGUAGUUAGACCUGAAGACACAAACUACCUCUCAAUAGGAAAUUAUAUAUGCUGGCAAAUUACUACAGCUGUUCCCAUAAUAGCCACUGUAAUCAUCUGCAAUUGGACGUCCAACGAGGCUGAACACACCGGAAAACUAAUUCACGAAAUACACGUUGAGAAUACAGAUUCGAAGCUCUACCUGAUUAUUCGUUCGUUGUCGCUUCAACUCCACCAUCAGAAGAUGGAGUUUUCAGGGGCUGGAUUAUUUCCCAUCAAUUCAUCCCUCUUACAAACGAUGAUUGGCACGAUGACGACCUCUUUCGUUAUCCUCAUUCAGUUCCAGCCCACGCUCGGCUAAAUACUUGAUGUGUUUCGUGAUUUAUUCAAGAAUGAAAUAUAACUAAUUACUCCUUAAUCAGCGAUUGUU